AGCAAGUGGAUAGCAGAGUUGGCAAAAGAGAAAGAGAAACUCGAGAGAACGGGAAACGUAGCGCGACAAAGCAAUAAAAGAGUGUUCCGAGCCCCGUAUCUGCUGUUGGAGCUCGAGUUUGAUUCAUUGAUUAACGAAAAGAAGAGUGAGCGCAAUGCGUCUCGACACGAACUCAAAUGUGGACUUCAAAGCAUUCGAAUCCAGCUCCAGCUCCAGUUCAUGUCUCGUCAAGUUGGACAACUUGGCCACCUGGGGUGGCUCGCAGAAAACAGACACUCGGCUGCCAAUCACGGACUACUCGACGCUGGGCGGACCCCGGCACAAUCGCAGUCCCUUUCCCCUGUCCAAAGAUGUCAAUAAUCGUCUGGUGAUCUGGGAUGGCGACAUGACCACUCUGGAUGUGGACGCUAUCACAAACACCAGCGAUGAAACUCUGACUGAAAGCAAUAUCAUAUCGGAGCGCAUACUCGCCGUCGCUGGCAAGUUGAGGGAAGAGUUGAGCACAAACGUCAAAGAAUGCCGCACUGGGGAUGUGCGCAUCACGCGUGGAUACAAUCUGCCCGCCAAGUAUGUGCUGCAUACAGUGGCGCCCACCUACAGGGAAAAGUUUAAGACCGCCGCCGAGAAUACGCUGCACUGUUGCUACAGAAACGUUCUGUGCAAGGCCAAGGAACUGAACCUGCACACCAUCGCCCUGUGCAACAUCAGUGUCCACCAGAAGAGCUUUCCAUCGGAUGUGGCCGCACACAUUGCCCUGCGCACCAUCCGACGUUACCUGGACAAGUGCACCCUUCAGGUUGUGAUAUUAUGUGUGAACAGCAACGAGCGCGGGACCUACGAGGUGCUGGCCCCGCUCUACUUCCCCCGCGACCAGCUGGAAGAGCGCAGCGCCCUGUGGCAGCUACCCAAGGACAUUGGCGGCGAGUUCGGCGAGCCGCAGCACCCCGAUCCCGACCGCCAGAUCCGCAUUAUUCGCAAUCCCCAGCACAGUGUGCACAUGCGUCACGGCCACACCGACGACGAUUCCGACGUUAGUCCGCACGAUAUGGAGGGCAACAGCUCGGACCUGGAGUACGGAGCCAAGGACAUGAACGGACUCAGUCCGAACUCCUACAGCAGUGGACUUCAGACCCAGCUUCAGCGCGAUCUGGACAGACAACAUUUGCUUAGUGAUCGUCCGCGGUCCGGAGUCUAUGAGAAUGUCAUAUCCGAGGGCGUCGAGGGGAUCGAGCACCAGGAGAGAUACGAGCGUCUCCUGCGUCGCGCUCAGGUCGAGGACUUGACGGAGGUCUCGGGCAUUGGCUGUCUGUAUCAGAGCGGUGUAGACCGCUUAGGUCGCCCUGUGAUUGUGUUCUGCGGCAAGUGGUUCCCCGCCCAUAACAUUGACCUGGAGAAGGCGCUGCUGUAUCUGAUAAAGCUACUGGAUCCCAUCGUUAAAGGAGACUAUGUUAUUUCCUACUUCCACACACUGACAUCCACGAAUAACUAUCCAUCGCUGCACUGGCUGCGUGAGGUCUACAGUGUGCUGCCCUACAAAUACAAGAAGAACCUGAAGGCCUUCUACAUAGUGCAUCCGACAUUCUGGACCAAAAUGAUGACCUGGUGGUUCACCACGUUCAUGGCGCCCGCCAUCAAGGCCAAAGUGCAUUCUCUGCCUGGAGUCGAGCAUCUGUACUCGGCCAUCACAAAGGAUCAGCUGGAAAUACCCGCCUACAUAACCGAAUACGACAUGGCGACCAAUGGCCUGCAUUACUUAAAUCCUAUGCCGACUGCCUCGUAGAUGGCGGCCAUUGUGGCUGUCUAAGGACAGCGCAGCCGCCAUAGCAUAUACAUACAUAUAUAUAGUGACAUAUCCAUAAUUCCCCACAUCCCAUACACAUUA